UCUCUUGCUGAACUUCCUGUGGAGCUUUGGUACGAGAUCCUGGCCUAUCUGGCUCUGGCUGAUCUGAAGCGACUCCGACUCUUGAGUCGAGACCUUCAAAGGAUUUCUACUCCCUCUUGCUUCCAACAGGUUCUAUACGAGCUUAGCAGAGCCAGUGUCGAACGAAUACUUGAGAUUGCCAAGCGAAAAGAGCUAGCUCAGAAUGUGCAGAAGUUAGUUCUUCGGACAACCCAAGGGUUGCGAGAAUUUGGUAGCUUUCGCGAGUGGGAGCGAAGCAUUGCGUUGCCGGAUGAUCCAAGGAGGGGAUCUAUCAGCGAUGAUAAUUGUGAAGAGAAAAGUCUUGAGAGCCUUAUGUCGUAUCAAUGGUCAGCUCUAUCGGAGAGCGAAAAGAGAGUCCUCUAUGCGGAAUACGAGGCUGAUCGCAAGGAAUUAGAGCAGCGAGUACGCCAUAGAACGUCAACCUCAACGGAAGGAGCCCCUGCGCUUGAACAAUUCGACGAAGCGAUAGCAAAUUUCUCGAACCCCGACACGUUCAAUCGUGAGCCCGGGUUUCUAUUCGACAAUUGCUGGGGUACUCAUUGGCGACAACUGCGCAUCAGCCAGAGUAAACUCCUCAUGCAUACAACGGGCUGGGAGGACGAAGAUGUAGAGGCAUUACAGUUGUCGAUUGUUCUCAGAGCCCUGGGAUGGGCUCAGCAAUUUCAAGCUAAGCUCCGCUCGGCGAGCUUCUACGUGGGAGGCUCAGCAUUCUGGGGCCCAAACCGCAUGCGACGGCUGUGGUAG